AUGGCGUGUCAACCUAAACGUUCCGAAACCGUCGUAAUCCACGAGUUGCUGGCCUUUGUUCAACAAAAAUUGGACGUCAUGGACCAGGUGUCUCUGGAGCAGAUACUGAUGACAAGCUUCACCGAGGACAAGAUCAUCCAAGCGAAGAAUGUGCACUGGGUAUUCCAACAAGAUUUGGCGCCAGCUCAUAGAGCGAAGAGCACACAAGACUGGCUGGCGGCGCGUGAAACCGACUUCAUCCGGCACGAAGACUGGCCCUCCUCCAGUCCAGAUUUGAAUCCGUUAGAUUACAAGAUAUGGCAACAGUUGGAGGAAAAGGCGUGCUCAAAGCCUCAUCCCAAUUCGGAGUCACGCCGAUAUUGA